AUGCAGGUGGGCUUCGGCGUGCUCGCUUCACUGCCAGAUUCGAGCGAGGUGUUUCCGCUGCUUGGAAGGCCUCAUGAUUCGCUAGACAAGAAGAGCAAAGACUACACCAUUGCUUACCCUACGUACGAAGGCGCCAAGUACGAUGCAUCCACGACGAACCUCACAUACUCGAUCCGCGCGCCCAAGUCGCUAUCCAAAGCCAAGCAUGUCGAGAUUGUCCUCUCCUUCCUUUCUCCCAUCACCCCGACAUCGACCCUGCGACAGACGAUACCAGCGGCUUACCUGAGCGUAUACGUAGAGGGAGGGGUUGAUGUCAACAUCUACGUCGACGUGAACGGACAAUGGGUCAGCGGAAAGCGCGAGAGCCUCAUAGAAUGGGGGCUCGUCGAGCAGCGCGGAUCCUCGGAAGGCUUGAAGACGUGGAAAGUCAACCGCCAGGUCGAGCAGAUCUUCACCGAGACCAACGACCAACCUGAAUGGGGCACGCUGCACUUCACCGGCCCGGCAAGUGCUCGUCAUGAGUCUGGUACAUCUUCCGAGCUGCGUCAGAGGUUCGCUCGCACUGGGUCACUGAAGAACCAGAUGGAUGAUAAGUUUCGCGCCGUCAUGGAUGAAGAGCCAGUCUUUGCUUUUGCGAAGGAGUUCAAGCUCGCAAGCAAGUCGUCCAAGUCUGCAACCGCGAGCAGCAGUGCCUUGUUUACCAUCACACACAUACAGGAUCCUGUCACGCAGUAUGCGUCUGCUCGCGGACUCACCUUCAUGCGCCCUCUGUGGAAGUCAUGGUUCCCCGAAGACGAGAAGCUCAUCCAGUUCCACUACCGAGAUUUUGACAUGGCCAGCGACCUGGCAAGCAACUACUCCGAGCAAUUGCGCGUCGAUGCUUAUCAGUCUGGCUCCUCCAACUACGUUGACAUUGUUGCCUUGUCCGCACGACAAGCAAUGGGCGCAACCAGUUUCUCUGGAACUCCGGAAAGUCCUCUACUCUUUUUGAAGGAGAUCUCAUCCAACGGAAAUUCUCAGACCGUUGAUGUCAUCUUCCCUGCCUUCCCGUUCUUCCUCUACACACAGCCCAAGUGGCUCGCAUAUCUGCUUGAACCACUUCUGGAGCACCAGUUGAGCGGACAGUACCCCAACAAGUACUCAAUGCACGACCUCGGUGCGCACUUCCCGAACCUUACUGGUCACGCCGAUGGAAGAGACGAAUAUAUGCCAGUAGAAGAAUGUGGUGACAUGCUCAUAAUGGGACUCGCAUUGGUCAAUUCUCUGACCUACAGCUCUGACGAAGAGUCGCAGUCAAUCUGGUCUACCAUCGGCGACAAGACUGAUCGUAUGGGUGAAGAAGAAAAGCCUUUCGCGCUUCAGACGCACGAGGAUGUAAACUACCUUGAUGACUCAUGGGGUGGAGGCGCAAAGGGUGUCAAACAAGCGAAGAAAUGGCUCGAUGGUAGCUACGACCUUUGGAAGCAGUGGACAGGUUAUUUGGUCGAAGACGCUCUCGAGCCUCACAACCAACGCUGGCUGCCCCUGCAGACCAAUCUUGCGCUCAAGGGUAUCGUCGGCAUCAAAGCCUUCAGCGAACUAGCCGAUCUCCUAGAUCGACCAGGUGACGCAGAGCACUACCGCAACAUUUCAGAGACGUACGUGAAGAAGUGGGAAGAGUACGGCUACUCGCGCGACGGCACACACGCAAAGCUCGCAUACGACUGGUAUGGCAGCUGGACCACGCUGUACUCUCUCUACGCCGACGCUGUUCUCUGCUUCCACCCGUCCCUCACAAACUCCUCUUCAGAGUCUGGCUUCGCUGCCGGAAUCGACGGCGCGCAGAAGCCUUUGAGUCCACGCUCGUCUAGCGGCCGCAAACCGAUUACUUCCGAUUUUAUCCCGUCGCACAUCUACAAGAAGCAAUCCGACUGGUACGGCAACGUGAUGCAAAAGUACGGCCUACCGCUCGAUUCGCGACACUUGUACACCAAGUCCGAUUGGGAGUUUGAAGCCGCCGCUGUGGCGAGCAAGAAAGUACGGUCGGAGAUUCUCGAUCGAGUGGCGCUGUGGCUCAACGAGACGGUGACGGAUCGCCCGUUUACGGAUUUGUAUGAGACGGAGGGCGAUGGGAAUUUCCCGGGCCCGUGGUUCUUUGCGAGGCCGGUUGUUGGAGGGCAUUUUGCGUUUUUGACGCUUGAGAGGGCGUGUGGGGGGAUGGCGAAGGAGGGGCUCGCUUUCUUGGACGCGGAGGAGUAG